AUGUACGUGGCUUACGAGCAAAUCUCCCUGCAUAAGCCGCAUACUAGUCGUCCAGCGAAUUCUGAAAGGUACAUCAUCUGCCGCGGUUUGCGUAAGAACUACUCUGAUGCUAUUCGAGACUACCUCAAAAGAGUGAACUUGAAACUGGAUGAGCUGACAAAAUCCAAUUCUUCGCAGGAUGUGAACAGCAUUGUACCGCUGGAAACGCUGAGGAACGAUGAAGCAUUUCGCAGUUAUUUGACGGGUCACAACGAACAUAUCGCUUCACGGCAGUCCACCUAUUUGCAGAAAUAUCUUACCUAUGCAAAGAAUAGUUCCCUCAUAGACAAAGACCAGGAUGCGGUAUUUGUAUGGAAGAAACAUUGGGAGAAGCUUGACAAUAAUUUGAUGAGAAUUCCUGAUCGUACAGUGCUGCUAGUAGAAAGAGCGACGACGUAUAAGCUGGUUGACAAACGGCUGGAGACAGUAGCUGCCGAAAGUCUUGUUCGUAUUUUGGAUGCAGCAGUCAUAAAUGGCGAUGAUGUGUCUGGUUUGGUUUAUUCAAAGCGACUGCAGGCAGCCAAGAAGUUUUGCCUUGCGUUGAAACUGGUGCGUCGACGGUUUUCGCGAUUACGUCAUAGCGGUGAGGAAGUGCUCAUUUAUGAGGAACAUGGAAAUUUGCUUAUGUGUAAAGCUUUACGAGUGGCACGGUUGUUGAAAGAGUCUUGGAAAAUGGGAUGGUCAUGUAGUCGGCAGAUGCUAUACGCUUUCAAUCCGCAUCGACCAGAUCUGGGUAGCUUUUUCGAACCGCAGUGGGAAGAGUACGUUCUAGCUCCUUCCUUUUUUUUUCAUCGGUGUUCAUAUUUUGUUUGGCGAAAUUUCGACUUCAUGGGUUUUGACAUAAGUGAGCAUGUUGCCAAUGACCCGUGUACUGUCAGGUUCAGUAUGCGUGAGACUUGA